AACAUGAUCCUCCGAAUAACCCAUUUUCCCUAAGCAAGGGAAACAAUUUGUUGUAGAGAAAAAUGCAUCCCCAAACCACGCACACAAACCCCGCCCAAGCAAUUAAUCAUACCCACCUCACAGAAAGCUUUCGUUUCCGCAAUAUCAAAUCACAGAAGCGUCACCCUCUUCCCCUUUUAUAUGGAUGUAUAAAAAUGCACAUGGAUUUGGAGAAAAUCUUCUGCGGAGCAAUGUUAAAAGAGCAAAGACGGGUCUGUCUCCCAGUGGCAAGUGGUCCUGUCAUUUCGGCUUGUAGAUCUUUCUCCUGGCAGCCCAAAGACAAGGAGAACCUGUCCUUCUUAAACUUCUGCACCUGCUUGCCUUGAUGGAGUGCUUUUUCCAAACGACCAUAGUGAACAUUGCAAAAACAAAAAAUAGCAAAGCACAAAACAAAGCCACAAGAAUGCUCUGAAGCGAGCCCUCAACUUCCCUUCUCCUUUCAGGGCCGAGCCGGGAGCUGACGCUGACGGCUUGUGAGCGCAGGCGUGACAGAUUGGCAGAAAGCCGGCGGCCGCAUGUGCAGCUGGGUAUGGUUGAAAGCGAUUUAAUUGACUGGAGAAUGCCACCUCUGCUCCUCUGGCUUGGCAGUUCGGCAACCCCCCUGCACGCAAGCAGAGCUCAGAAGAGGGGCUUGGCUAGCAAAAAAGAGCAGGCAGGCUCCAGGUGACUUGAAGGUCGUCCGAGUGGGAAGAAGUCACCUGAUUCCGGGAACGGACUUACCUAUCCGGCUGCAGUCACAGCAAAAGCAGAAAAGGAGGGGGGGAAUGAGCCUGUGUGUGAGAAAGGGAGGGAGGGAGGUGUGCACUUUUUAAAAGCAGGUCUCCUGCCAGCGGCUGGCGACAUCGGCAGCACCACCUGCCUGCAGAAGUGUCACUUUAACUAUGUCACAAUCUCCUGGUAGGAUGCACGCAAAACGAGCAGGAAUCCGAGCAGCUGUUGUCCUCAUAGGGUUGUUACACAAGUCCCGAAAGCAAAAUAAAGAGAAAAGGAAACAAGACGUGUUGAACAGCACAGAUAUGGCAGCUCCAGAGAGACCCUUAUCUCCACCGCUCACUGCUCCGCCAAGCAUGAAGUCUGCAGAGUUCUUUGAAAUGCUGGAAAAAAUGCAGGGGCCAAAAUUAGAGGAACAGAGAAGUGGAAGCCAGAAAAAUAAGGAGGACUACAUCCCAUAUCCCAGCAUUGAUGAAAUUGUAGAAAAAGGCAGCCCCUAUCCUGUCAUCAUCCUGCCACAGUUUGGGGGCUACUGGAUCGAAGACCCCGAGAACGUCAGCACACCCACCUCAUCGGAGAGCAGCAUCUGCGAAGAGGACGAGGAGCAGCUGAGCCCCAGUGCUUACGGCUACAAGCUGGAGUGCAAAGGAGAAGCCAGAGCAUAUAGGAAACACUUCUUGGGAAAGGAUCAUUUAAAUUUUUACUGCACAGCUAGCAGCCUGGGAAAUUUGAUCCUUUCUAUUAAAUGCGAAGAGGCAGACGGAAUUGAAUACCUAAGAAUUAUACUCAGGUCCAAGGCAAAAACGCUGCAUGAAAGAAUCCCCUUAGCUGGACUUAGCAAACUACCAAGCAUCCCACAGAUUGCAAAGGCUUUCUGCGAUGAUGUGACCGGACUGAAGUUUAACCCUGUGCUCUACCCCAAGGCAUCUCAGAUGAUCGUCUCCUAUGAUGAGCACGAGGUCAACAACACGUUCAAAUUUGGGGUGAUUUACCAGAAGCUUAGGCAGACGCAGGAAGAAGAGCUGUUUGGCAACAACGAGGAGAGCCCUGCCUUCAAGAAUUUCUUGAGCUUGCUGGGAGAUACCAUAACACUCCAGGACUUCAAGGGCUUUCGCGGUGGUCUCGAUGUCACUCACGGCCAGACGGGCACAGAGUCCGUGUACACGGUGUUCAGGGACAGAGAGAUUAUGUUUCACGUCUCUACCAAACUCCCUUUCACUGAGGGAGACACGCAGCAGCUUCAGAGAAAGCGACACAUUGGCAACGACAUUGUGGCAAUUAUAUUUCAAGAAGAAAACACUCCCUUUGUUCCAGACAUGAUUGCCUCGAAUUUCCUCCAUGCCUACAUUGUUGUGCAGGCAGAAAACCCUGAAGCAGACAGUGCAUCUUACAAAGUGGCUGUAACUGCACGAGAAGAUGUCCCUGCGUUCGGUCCUCCGCUGCCAAACCCUUCUGUAUUUCAAAAAAACUCAGAAUUUCGGGAGUUUCUCCUCACCAAGCUGAUCAACGCAGAGAACGCCUGUUGCAAAUCAGACAAGUUUGCAAAACUCGAGGACCGGACGCGAGCCGCCCUCUUGGACAACCUCCAUGACGAUCUCCAUAUUCACACACAAAUGAUGUUGGGCUUGGGCUCAGAGGAGGACAAGCUGGAGAAUGGGGCCCACGGAGGAUUCUUGGAAUCGUUUAAGAGAGCCAUCCGAGUCCGCAGUCACUCCAUGGAAACCAUGGUUGGGAGUCAGAAGAAGCAUCAGAGCGGAGGAAUCCCUGGUAGCUUGAGCGGAGGGAUUGCGCACAACAGUGGCGAAAUAACGAAGGCCACCUUUUCUCCUCCGGUAUCAGCAGCUACAGCCAAGAACCAGUCCAGGAGUCCCAUAAAGAGGCGGUCAGGGCUGUUCCCUCGUCUGCACACUGGAUCAGAGAGCCAGGCAGAGCCUCGGACUCGAUGUGACAGUGGCUCAGGAACACCGAAGACCCCUGAAGGAGGACACACCUCUCAAGAAAUUAGGUCCGAGGCCUCUUCGAACCCAAGCUCUCCAGAGAUCUGUCCCAACAAAGAGAGGCCAUUUAUUAAACUCAAAGAAAACGGAAGGUCAAACAUCUCCCGUUCAUCCUCAAGUACCAGCAGCUUCAGCAGCACGGCAGGGGAGAGUGAAAACAUGGAAGAAUACGAAAGCCUGGGCAGCCAGCCUUCCACAGCGUCACCAUUCAAGCAGGAUGUCUUUGUCUACAGCCCUUCCCAAAGUAAUGAGAAUCCGGCUCUGGCAUCUGCCGCCACACCAGUGAUAAUGAGCAGGAGCCCAACAGAUAUGAAGAGCAGGAAUUCUCCGAGGUCAAAUCUUAAAUUUCGUUUUGAUAAACUUAGCCAUUCAAGUUCUGGCCCGACACAUUAGCUGACGGAUAAGACUACAGACAUCCCCAAAAGGGCAUUUCUGUUUGGGCUUUUCUUCCUUCCUUCCUGUUUUUCUUACGUGAAAACACUCUUUUCGACUGACAACGUCCGCCCGCCACACUAUGCGCCACUGCCACGUAUGAAAUGUGCUUCACCCAGGCAGAUGUUCCCGUACGACCCUGAGGGAGCUGCUACCUUGCCACGUCUCGGCUGGGAUAGAUGCCCCUGGAGAGGAACUUGACAGGUUGUGGGACUCUCUUCCCUCGCCGACCCCUGUCUCUGCUCCGUCCCUCGUGAUCCAAAGGACAUCUGGGGAGAGGAGACGGGUUUGCUGCUGACAUUAUACUUGAACCCGCUUCUUACCCUGUUUCCGUUCGGUAUUCUGAAAUCUGUGAAACCAGUGUGCUCCUUGUCCUUAAUCGUGGCUGUUUGACUGAAGGUUAUGAGCGCUGCUCUCCUGAUGAUUUGAGAAAGUUACUUUGGUUUUUAAAAAAUAAUCACUCAUAGUGAUAUUAUAGGCUAAUUUCUCCCCUUCCCAGGGCCUAAAGUCAAGUGUCCUUUUUCUAAUGCAAAUGGACUUGUUCUGCAAGUGGGACUUCUUCCCCUUGAAAGACAACCUCAGCCAUUUCAGAAUGUGGCAUCUUUUCCCCUUACUUAAGUCCUGCUCUUUUCCUGAUCUCUCUUUUCUUCCCAAGCCCAGUUCUAGAAUAUAAGAAGAGACUUGCUGGACCAAAGGUGUGUCUGGCCCAGCCUGCUGUUCACCACAGUGACCAUGCAGAUCUCCAUAGGAAGCCCACAGCCAGAGCGAAUUACAGCCCUCACCCC